GAGUCGCUCUGUGUGACGUCACAAGGACGCGCCGGUAAACUGUGACUUGCUACGCAUUGCCGAGCGGAAAGAAGGAGCGGGGACAGCAAAGUCAACAUUUCUCUCGUGUGAAGCUUUCCCACAUUUGUAAUUUCUGGCCCACUAUACCAAGAGACGCAGCGCCAGCUGUGAGUGCUUGCGCGGCGUCCGCCUGUGCCGCCAUGACGGACAACAAGCGCCUGGCCUUCUCCAUCAUCCGCUUCCUCCACGAGCAGCUGCAGUCGGGCGAUCUGUCGUCCGGGGCACAGGAGAGCCUGGAAGUGGCCGUCCAAUGUCUGGAGACGGCCUUUGAAGUGUCUGCGGACGACCAGAGCCUCGCCGUCCCGCUCACGUUACCCGAGAUCUUCGCCUCCGCCGCUCGCCAGACCUCGCCGUCGCAGGGGAACAACAACAACAGCGUCGACGUCGGCGAGGAGCGGCGCACCGAGGCCGAGAGACUCAAGACGGACGGUAACGAUCAGAUGAAGGUGGAGAACUACGCCGCCGCCGUGGAGUUUUAUUCCAAAGCCAUCUCCCUCAACACGCAGAACGCCGUCUACUACUGCAACAGGGCGGCGGCGCUGAGCAAGCUGGGUAAUUACGCGGGGGCGGUGCAGGACUGCGAGCGGGCCAUCGCCAUCGACCCAAACUACAGCAAAGCUUACGGCAGGAUGGGGUUGGCGUUGGCGAGCCUCAACAGGCAUGCGGAGGCGGUGACCUUCUACAAGAAGGCUUUAGAACUGGACCCGGACAACGACACCUACAAGUCCAACAUGAAGAUCGCCGAGGACAAGAUGGACGCCACCAGUCCUAUGGCGGCAACGGGCGGCGUGGACCUGGCCGGACUGCUCAGUAACCCGGGUUUCAUGAACAUGGCGUCGUCGCUGAUGACGAACCCUCAGGUCCAGCAAAUGAUGUCGGGAAUGAUGUCGGGAGCGUACGGAGCCGGCGGAGCCGGGGGAGGCGGAGCCCCGGGACCCGCGCCGGCCGGAGAUUUAUCGGGACUCAUCCAGGCAGGUCAGCAGUUCGCUCAGCAGAUGCAGCAGCAAAAUCCGGAACUCAUCGAGCAGCUCAGGAGUCAAAUCCGCAAUCGCGCGCCGAGCGCCGGAAACGAGGAGCAGCCGUGACGCCGGCGCCGCGCCCGGUAACUGCCAACGGUGUGGCAUCAAAUGUGGCGCUUGGAGACAGAGGGGGGUGGGGGGGGUCCACAUCCGUGCCGCCAGGCCCGUCGAGG